AUGGCCUCAUACACUCCAUUCUGUACGAUAUGCGGAGGCAAAAUCACCCGAGAAGCGUCCGAUGACACCAAUGUUACACAAAAAUGGCUAUCAGAUAUCAGUUUAAUAUACAUAAACCCUGACCACGAAAUGGUGCAGCCGAAUCAAUUUCGACUCCUUUUGGGAGAUCACGCUCGUAUCCCAGAGAACGAAGGAGAAUUCCCUGAACUCCUUGAUGAAUCGACCGGGACUUAUAGGGGAUUGAUGUCUGCCCUUUUCAAUUAUCAAGCAUCUCAUGCGGACUCCUACUGCUACCCCGUCCAUAGAGCUUGUUUGGGCAUUUUUGGAGAAGUCAUCCACAGCUGCGGGAUUGAUGCGUAUCCAGGAGACUUAAUUGGGUAUCUAUUUAUGCUAUUCAGCGAGCUUCCAUUUGACUGGUAUCAAGUCUACUGGCCGAGCGAAUACGGCGGUAUCUCGGAAUAUCAGAAGUCGGUAAGACGGGCUAAAUGUCAGAUCCUGCCGCGACUUCAAUUUGUCGAAACCUCUCCCCUGGAUUUGGAGGGUAUGCGCAAACGAGUGGAUGAGGAGCGUGAAAAUCUGAAGAAAAAUGGUACAGAAGGCAUUGAAAACAUCCCUAGUACGAUGCCAGACUUUAUUCCUCUGCCGGCCGAAGUGGUUCAACAGAUUUUGGGCUUUCUGGAGUGGUCUGAUAUACGGAACCUACAAAGGAUAUCCUCCAAGCGAACCAUCGAUUUCCCAGAUAUGUUCUGGCGAGAAUUGUGCGAGUUCCAAGAUGAAUUCGGCUUCUUGGGCUAUCGGCAAGACGAUAAAUCAGUAACUUCCUGGUACGAGCAAUGCGUCCUCGCUGACCGUCUUAUUAAACGCGAUCUACCCGAGAUUAAAAACCGCAUGCGUAUUUGGCGCCUUUGCAUCGAUAUCUUUAGCAUCUGUACACAUUGCGCUCUCGAAGAAGCGGUUGGAAUCGAAAGGGCGCCCAAUUUCUUCGAAUCCCUCCAACCCGCGGAUCCAAGGACCUUGUUACACGUACAAGCGGCAGAGAGACGACAAUUGUUAACUCCAACACUCUUUGAUGGAAUGUGCACUAGGUUCUCGGGUAGUAUAGAUAACAUAGUAGCGACCGGGAUGUAUGUUUCGUUCAAAGGCACAGGUGGCCUACGAUUCGUGAGCGGAUUCGAGUUCAUACCUUCCGAGAAAGCGGUUGGGCUUUUGAGUAAAUUUGAUAAUCCCUUCGUUUCUUUCAAGUCGAGAACACCCAACGAGUUCUUGAUAAUGCAUGUUGCUGCGAAUAGGUAUGGGAUAGUUGAUAUAUCGGUUGUUAGUUCACGCUCGCCUAUCCCUGAGCCGAAAUGGCUUUGUGGUUGCAAUUUAACGGACUGUGCGAUUACUCGGUGGACUAUUCGAUUUGGAGGGCCCACGACGAUUUUUUCGAAGGUCAUUGUGGACCUAAAUGUAUUAACCAUGACAAAUCUACAAAUACUUCGACCAAGUUUCAUGUCGUCCACAACCAUGACACCAGAGGAGACUUUCAUCCAAGCAAACCUCUGGAAACCAAACAUUCCCGUCUUGAACGCCGAUUCUUCUCUAAACCACCAGUUAUUCUACUGCACCGAGCAGAAAGUGACAGGUAUGGAAGCUCUUCGUGAUGAUGAUCUUUAUGGGCAGUCGAAGUUUCAUCCAUUGGAAUGUAUCCAUAGCAAUGAAACGAUGACAAGGUUAUCGUUUUGGAGCGCGGGACUUUAUAGUGAUAUAAACGCCAUAGAAGUCUACACGAAAGAGCGAGGAUCUACCCCCUAUGUAGUUGGAAAACCUGUGGGUGCGGCUACGGAUAUAUUCAUAGAUGGUGAAGGAGGGGAGUAUAUUUCGGGGGUGAAGAUUACCGUGAACGAAUGCAACGGACUUAUUGAUUCACUCUCGGUAAGUUGA